UAUAAAUAUGAUUUAUCUUAUUAGGACUAUUCCUCUUGUAUAAAUAUUAAAGCUGUGAGAUCAAUAACACAAAUUAUUUAGCUUGAUUGUUGAGCCUCCUAAAAUUAUGGCAGCCAAGAAGCAAUCCUCGGAACCGCCGUCUCUGAUUACGUCACUUCCCCAAGACAUCAUCCUUGACAUAUUAGCGCGGGUAUCUAGAUUCGACUAUCCAGCAUUCUCCGUAGUUUGCAAGCACUUCAGGUCAAUUAUUGCGUCCCCGGAGAUAUACGCUAGACGAUCCUUGUUGGGACGCACGGAGCACUGUCUCUAUGUUUUCCUCUCUUGCAUGGACGAAACUCGUUGGCGAUACUGUAACCGUUGUUACAUUCUCUGCCCGAAAGCCGAAGCAGACGGCGAACGCCGCUUGGUCCUUAUCCCGUCGCUUCCUCCAAUUCCUACAUACUCAGAGUAUGCAACAAUGGGAUUCGUUGCAGUGGGGUCGAGGAUAUACGCCUUUGGUAGGAGUAGCGAACACCGUAUGAUUACAUUAAGCAUUGACUGUGUAUCCCACACCGUGCAACGCCUCCCUAGUAUGCCUGUAAUCGUGUCUAAUACAAUGGCUGACAUCAUCGACGGGAGAAUCUACGUAAUUGGAUAUGGCAAUCAUAACGACUGGAAGAUGAAGAUGGAGGUGUUCAAUACAGAAAUACAGACGUGGGAGCCUGGGAUGAUGAUGUCGCUAGACAAGGACGCUCGUUAUAUAUACAAUAAUAGUUGUGUGGCGAUGGCUGACAAGAUAUACACUAAGAAUUCUAUUAACAGCUUUGUUUACGAUCCAAAGGAGAAUAAAUGGGAAACGGACGAGAUGCUGGAUCUUAAGAUUUGGCACAAUGCGUGUAUCGUCGAUGACGUGUUGUACUACUUAGACUGUUAUGGGGGAGAGUUAAGAGCAUAUGAUCGUAAGAAGAGGUAUUGGCAAGUGGUAAAAGGUUUGGAAGCAUUGUUGUCUGAGACGGCGUCAGUGAGACAACGAUCGGAAGAUUGGUCGCCACAGACUUUUAGUUACGAUGGGAAACUGGCUUUGUUUUUCCCUAGGGAAGAUUCUUGUCACAAAAAGAUUUGGUGUGCGGAGAUUUCGCUGGAAAGACGCCAAGGAGGGGAGAUUUGGGGUAAAGUUGAUUGGCGCGGUGGUCUCCUGACUGGAAAAUUUCUCUCUUUGAAAGCUCUUGAUGUUGUUGUUUGAUACUUAAGCUCUUGAGAGAUCUAACAGAGAAGUUAUCAGGUGUUGCAUUUGCUAGUGUUUUUUAUUUUAACUGCAACUUCCAUUAAACUUGGUUUGAGGUUAAUACAUGUUGGAACAUAAUUAUGAAUGCACAAUGUAUCUUGGUUCAACA